AUGACGAAGAGGAAGUGGAAGAGGACGAAAACGACGAUGAUGAUCGAUAAUUGCGUGUUGGUCUGUUUAACGUACAUCUACACGUGCAUAGCAGUGGAGUUGAUAGGUAGGAACCAGCUGAACAGGUGCCCGGAACGUCCAUUGAAGAGAGCAGCUCAUUACCAAGUACUCCUACAUGAAAAAUUUUCUAAACUUUCAACCGCAACAGCAAAAACCACAUUCACAGCAACAACAUCAACUCAACCUACGAAUCUCAUAUUGAAAAGGCCUAAUGACUUGCAUGCAUUUCUUCCACGCAUGUUUCAAACGGGCGAUUUAAUUGAAAAGAUUGCUCCUAGCGACGAACAGUGUGACAGAAGAAUUUAA